AUGCUUCGAUUUGGGGAUCGUCUGUUUUAUAAGGACUGGUGGAACGCCACGGACAUGAGCACCUACUACCGAACUUGGAAUAUCGUCGUUUACGAAUGGCUGUAUACGUAUGUCUACCGCGACAUGUACCCGCUCUGUGGAAAGAAGUGUCGCACUCUCGCCAUAACUAUGGUGUUUUUUCUAUCGGCUGUCGUUCACGAAUACAUCCUAACGGUCGCGUUUCGUUUCUUUUAUCCCGUUUUGUUCCUUCAGUUCUUCUUGGCAGCUGGACCAGUCGGCUUGAUGUCGGUUCUGCGAUCGACGAAAGAACGCUUCUGGAAUGUUCUAUUGUGGUGUUGCAUACUUUUUGGCACUGGUAUGCUGAUGUGCUUCUAUAGCUGCGAAUGGUACGCCCGGCAGAACUGUCCUCCAGUCUACAAUGGCGCAUUGGACGUAUUCGUACCACGAUCUUGGACAUGCCAAACGGGUUCUGCUCACGUGAACGACGGAAGGCUCUACCAUGGGUGA